AUGGAGGGACACGGGGAGGCCGAGGUGGAGGAGGAGGAAGAGGAGGAGGAGGAGGAGGAGGAGGGGGGGGUGCGGAUCACCCCCCAGCUGCUGAAGGCCAGCACCGGGGAGUUCGCGCUGGAGUCCAUCCUGCUGCUGAAGCUGCGGGGCCGCGGCAUCGCCCACCUGGGCUGCCUGGGCGACUGCGCCAACCUGGAGUGGCUGGACCUCUCCGGCAACGCCAUCGCCCAGCUGGGACCGCUGGCCGCCCUCAAGUCCCUCGCCGUCCUCAACCUCUCCCGCAACCGCGUCGCCAGCCUGGAGCCGCUCGGCUCCUGCCACAACCUCCAGAGCCUCAACGUCGCCGGUAACCUGGUGAGCAGCCUGCAGCAGCUGCGCUGCCUGACGGGGCUGCGGCGCCUGGAGAGCCUGCGCCUGCGAGACCCCCUCGCCCGCCUCGCCAACCCUCUCUGCGCCGCCCCGGCUUACCGCGCCGCCUUGGCGGACAUGUUCCCCGGCCUCAAAGCCAUCGACGGCGAGCGGGUGUCCGGUCGCGGCAGCGAGCUCUACCAGCUCUGCCGGGAUCUCGACAGCUCGCUGGGACGCGGCGGCGGCGCCGGUACCGGUACCGAACCGCCCCGUGCGGCUCAGCCCUGGGUGGAGGCGAGUUUCUGGGAGCCGCGGCCGCCCCGGCGCAGCUCCAUCAUGGAGGAGGCCUACAAGCAGUUCGGGGAGGUGCUGCAGGAGUGCCGGGAGCUGAGCCGCCGUGCCGACGACACCAUCGCCCAGGCGGAGCGGGCGCUGAGCGGCCGACCUGACGCCAACUCCUUCGUCUUCUGAGCCGCGAGACCCCCUGGUCCCACAAGAGGAGACCCCCACGCACGCGCCGCCGCCAUCCCGGCCCAGCCCUCGCCGGAGGGAUGCCAGAGGAGCCGCAGGGAACCCGGCCUCUCCUGCGGGCUGGGGGGGCUGCCUGAGCCCCGCGCUGCGCCAGAGCAGCAUCCCACACAGCCAGGGGUGCUGGGGCUGGCGCUCCGGGUGCUCCAUCACCCCUCAGGGGCUCCGGGACGGGGAAUUGGGGCUCCCUGUCCCCUGCAGAGCCACAGCAGGAGCAGAGAUGUCCUUAGGGAUUUUGGAGCCAGCCCUGAGCUUUCCAGCCCAGAGGAGAGACUGUGGGGCUGGGGAGGCUGCACUUGGGGACCGGGGGACAUCGCGGGGACCAGGGGACGUCACGGGGCUGUGCAGUAAAGGCAUGCCAUCCUCCAA